AUUGGAUUGCAGAGGGGCACAGAAGCAGUGUACUGUAUGAAGUGACUGGAGGGACAGAUUUCCUGCCCGUCAAAUCUAUCUAAGGCUCUGUGGACUGUAAAAAUAAAGCUAACCAGUUUGGGUUACUGACUAGCCCCUCUUCCUAUUGGAUAAUGGAUACCCGCUAGAUUCAACUGGCUAUAUAGUGUGUCGUUGAGGAGAGAGAGAGAGAGAGAGAGAGAGAGAGAGAAGUAGAUAGUAUUUUGGUAUUUAUCUGGGUUUGAGGAAGGGGAUAUACUCAAGGAGGGUUUUUGUUUUGGGAGUAAUAGAAAAAGGCUUUUGGGGUUACAUUGGAUCUGGGUUUUUUGUAGGGUUUAAGGGGUCGGUCUUAGUUUUUAAAGACAGGCAAGAGAAGAGGUGAAGGGGGUUGGAGAGAGAGAGAGAGAGAGAUAAAAGCAAAAGACGUGGUCUUUCUCAUAUACACAGAUCCCUAUGGAAUGCAGGGGUGCUCCCCAGCAUUGCUUGCUCGAAUUCAUUCCUUUUGUUUAGUUUAAAGAGACCAGGUUUGUUCUCUUUAGAGAGAGAAUUUUUAUGGGUGAUUGCAUGGAGUGAAGGGUUUUUGGGUCAGAGGGAAAAUUUUCUUGGCAAUGAGUUCCCGCUGCUAGACAACAAAAAAAAAAAACCAAGGAUGUAGCCAAGAGAUUUCGGAUAUGAUUUAGUUUAUUUCCUUCCCAAUGAUUGAGUUGCCCUGCAGCAAGCGAGAGAUACUUCUAGGGAACCUCUGGAAAUAAGAAAAGGAAGAGAGAGAGAGAGAGAGAGAGAGAGAGAGAGCGAGAGCGAGAAGAUGAAAUCGAUGAAUGAUAAUAACAAUGGAAGCAAUAAUAACUGGCUGGGAUUCUCUCUCUCACCCCACAUGAAAAUGGAGGUUGCUUCUGACCCCCAACAUCAUCAUCGCCAGUACCAUCAUGAAUCCCAGGCUCCUUCUACUGCUGUCGUUGGUGUUUCUAGUGCUGUUCCAACAAGCUUCUAUCUGUCCUCUUCUCACUUCAAUAGCCCUGGAAUCUGUUAUGGGGUUGGGGAAAAUGUUGGUUUUCACUCACCCUUGUCUGUUAUGCCGCUCAAGUCUGAUGGGUCUCUUUGCAUUUUGGAAGCUCUAACUAGAUCACAACCUGAAGGGAUGGUGCCAAGUUCACCACCAAAACUAGAGGACUUUCUGGGUGGUGCAACUAUGGAAACUCAUCAGUACGGCACCCACGAAAGGGAAACAAUGGCCCUAAGCCUAGAUAGCAUGUAUUAUCAUCAAAACACGGAGCCAGAAAGCAACAGGCAAAAUUCUGUUGACCUUCAUGAACCUUAUAGGCAACAAGACCAACAGUUCUCGAUCCAAACCCAUCCAUAUUAUAGUGAAAUAGCAUGCCAUGGAAUGUACCAAGACUCACUAGAGGAAGCAACCAAGGAUACCCAGCUUGCUGAUUGUGAUUCCCAGAUCCCCCAUAUGGAGGAUGAAGAGAUGCCUUGCUUAAAGAACUGGGUUGCUAGACAAUAUUCCACCCAUAAUGCACUAGAGCAGCAACUUAAUAGCAGCAUGGUUGAUGACGGAGGAGCCUCGGGUUCCGUUGGUCCUAUUAGUUGUGGGGAUUUACAGUCUCUCAGCUUGUCCAUGAGUCCUGGUUCUCAGUCCAGUUGUGUUACAGCGCCAAGACAGAUCUCACCUACCGGCAAUGAAUGUAUUAUGGCCAUGGAAACAAAGAAGAGAGGGUCUGCAAAAGUGGGUCAAAAGCAGCCUGUUCAUAGGAAGUCCAUAGAUACAUUUGGGCAAAGAACAUCACAGUAUAGAGGUGUUACCAGGCAUAGAUGGACGGGCAGAUAUGAAGCCCAUCUCUGGGAUAAUAGUUGCAAGAAGGAGGGCCAGACCAGGAAGGGAAGGCAAGUUUAUCUUGGGGGGUAUGAUAUGGAAGAGAAAGCUGCAAGGGCUUAUGAUCUUGCUGCCCUUAAGUACUGGGGACCUUCUACACACAUCAAUUUUCCGCUGGAAAAUUACCAGGAAGAGCUUGAAGAGAUGAAGAAUAUGAGCCGACAGGAAUACGUUGCGCAUUUACGAAGGAAAAGUAGUGGGUUCUCCAGGGGGGCCUCAAUGUACAGAGGAGUAACAAGACAUCACCAGCAUGGAAGGUGGCAAGCAAGGAUAGGCAGAGUUGCAGGAAACAAGGACCUUUAUCUUGGGACGUUCAGCACCCAAGAGGAAGCGGCUGAAGCUUAUGACAUUGCAGCGAUCAAGUUUCGUGGGGUUAAUGCUGUAACUAACUUCGACAUAACAAGAUAUGAUGUUGAGAGGAUCAUGGCAAGUAGCACUCUGCUAGCAGGAGAGCUAGCCAGGCGAAACAAGGAGACUGAGACGAGUAAUGGGGCAAUUGAGUAUAACCCACCAGCACAGAACAGCGGUGAAUCCAUACAGAUUCCAAAUAGCAAUGGCUCUGAUUGGAAAGUGGCUUUGUACGAGUCACCGCAGCGGCCACAGCCCAAUGCCUGCGUUGAUUCGCUUGAUCACAAGUCCACGAGUGUGGGAAUUUAUCGAAGUUCCUCGUAUUCAAUGGCAAUGCAAGAUCUUAUCGGUAUUGAUUCAGUGAACUGUAGCCAGCCUGCAGUGAUGGAUGAAUCAGCCGCCAGACUUGGGACCCAUGCCUCGAAUACGUCAUCGUUGGUGACCAGUUUGAGCAGCUCGAGAGAAGCUAGCCCAGAUAAAACUGGCACCACAGUGCUGUUUGCUAAGCCUCCUGUGGCAUCAAAGUUCAUUAACCCUGCAAGCGGUGUUACUCCAUGGUUCCAAACAGCAGCAGCCCAGCUGAGGCCAGCAGCAAUCUCCAUGGGUCACUUGCCAGUUUUUGCAGCUUGGAAUGAUACCUAAAAUUAGACCCUUCUUGUGUUUUGCUGAAACAGGCGAAGUUUUUGCAUGGGCAAAAUACAAGGGUGAAGUAGGAUUUUUCAUUAUGUUUGUCUUUUAGGUUAGUGGAGAAAAUUGGGGAUUAAUGAGAACACAAUGGUGGGGGCCAAUUAUCUUGUCUGUAACCCAAAGUAUAAGAAACUUUUUAGCAAAUGUGGACCUUUUGGCUCAUAUUGGAAUGAAAGAUUUUGCAAAAUGGAGGGAUUAAUGAUUAAAUUGUGUGGAA